UUUAUUUAUUUUUUAAAUUUUAAAACCCACCGUCAACGUCGCCACGACGUCCUGCUCCAGUAGUCGGCCACGCGAAACCUGCCUCAAGGCCCUCUCCUACCCAUAUUUUAAACAUCCCCCCUCCUACCCCCUCCCUUUUAUUUUGACAUUUUUCUUGGAAGAGCUUUUCUUAUUGUUUUCUGGACUAUCGAGUGUACGUGCAAGUGUUCCUUUUUUCAUGAUUUUCUAUUAAAGACCAUUUUGUUCUGGCCUAGUUUGAUGAAUUUUUGAGAGUGAGUGUGAGUUCCAAUUGGAUUAAAAGGAAGAUGGACGUUACGGGUGGCAUGAGACCCAUUUUUGGAGGAUACCCUUUUCAAGGCCAGGGGCGCAUGAAUCAGCUCGGUGGGGUCUUUAUUAAUGGACGUCCUCUUCCAAAUCACAUCCGCCGGCAGAUUGUGGAAAUGGCGGCAAAUGGAGUAAGGCCCUGUGUAAUUUCGAGACAACUUCGAGUUUCUCAUGGAUGUGUGUCAAAAAUUUUGAACCGAUAUCAAGAAACGGGUUCGAUAAAGCCGGGAGUGAUUGGUGGCAGUAAACCGCGCGUCGCGACGCCGGAAGUUGAAGCGAGAAUUGAAGGAAUCAAGAGGGAAAAUCCUGGAGUAUUUUCCUGGGAAAUUAGGGAAACGCUGAUGAAGGAAGGGUUUUCUGAUCCUCCGAGUGUCAGUUCUAUCAGCAGACUUCUUCGAGGAGGAAGACCAGGAGAAGACGGAAAAAAGGAUUACACUAUUGAUGGCAUCCUGGGUGGUGGUCGAUGUGGCGACGAUUCGGAAACGGAGAGUGAACCUGGAAUCCCACUUAAAAGGAAGCAGAGACGAAGUAGAACAACAUUCACGGGCGAACAACUUGAGCAACUGGAAUCUGCAUUUCAGCGAGCUCAGUAUCCCGAUGUCUAUGCUAGGGAAGAACUUGCACAAAGAACUGGCCUUACGGAAGCAAGAAUACAAGUUUGGUUCAGCAAUCGGAGAGCGAGACUUCGCAAACACGCUGGAAGUAUCGCCCAUUCAGUGGGCAGCCUCCCCUUGGCAACUUGUCAAUACACUACAGGUCACGAUUUGGGCCAAAUUCCUGGAGGGAUUCCCCAAGUGCCAACGACACUUCACCAGGGCUCAACAACUCUUCACCAAGUGCCAACAAGCCUCCACCAAGUUUCUGGCUCAGUGGCUCAAAUGGCCUCAUCCAUGGCUCAAGUGCCUACAUCUAUGAGUAGUGCUUUGCAUAGUCACGUGGCUCUCUCAGGACACCUGGGACCUUUGUCUGGGCACGCAAGUGGGAUGCAACUGGGCCAAGUUCCUGGGAUUCAACCACCUGCUGCUCAUGGGGCACCUACGACUCUUUCUCAUAAUAGCGGCAAUACCGACUGGUCCAGGGCGCAACUUGGAUGGAGUCAAUUUAACCACUUCCAAGGUGGCGAGUAUCCUUCAUCACAUGCCACUCACCAACUGGCUUCCCACGCAAGUCAUGGAGCUCAAGUUUCCAGUAGUGCAAAUACACCUUCCGCGGAAUGGUACGAUCAAAACUAUGAAUACGCGCAACAUGCACAACUUAAUUAUCAUCGUAGCAUCGGUGGAAUCGGAUUCUAGCAUUAGAUAAUUAGCAUCAUAAAUGAUAAAUGAUAAAUUAUAGAAAGAUGAGAAUUAUAU